UGGGUGCGCUCGCCGGCCUGCCCUGGCUUGGGUGCCCUGUCACUCCUAGCGGCGGGCUCCACUCUGCCCAGGUCUCCUCCCACCUGUCCCCCUCCAUCCCUGGUCUGCCGCAAGCCCCGCCCACCGGCCUGUGCCAUUGCUGCCUGGGACUGGGUGGAUGCUCUUUGCCGGUCGUGCUCCAAACCCCGUGGGUUUGCGAUUUUGCACCACCGUGCAUGGAUUGGUUUCAUACAUGACAAGUUAACUAAGUUCUGUGUCCCCGUUUUAACUCACUAGUUAGAGCUCACUGCGGUCUGAGGAGCAAAACCAGGCGAUGGAACUGAGGGGGCCAGUCAUUCUUCAGCAGGAAGGACUCCAUCCGCACCAUCUACACCUCCCUGCACAAUGAACUGAAGAAGGUGGUGGCCGGCCGCGGCGCCCCCGGCGGGAUGGCUCAGGCUCCUCAUGUGGAGGAGCUCCUCCCCCACCUGUCAGAGCAGCUCUGUUUCUUUGUUCAGGCUCGGAUGGAGAUUGCAGACUUCUACGAGAAGAUGUACGCCCUCAGCACACAGAAGUUCAUCAACGCUGAAGAGCUGGUCAGCACCUUGGAUGCCAUCCUCAAGAAGUACAGCUCCAGAUUUCACCACCCCAUCCUCAGCCCUCUGGAGAGCAGUUUCCAGCUAGAAGUGGGCGUGCUGAGCCAUCUCCUCAAGGCGCAGGCGCAGAUCUCGGAGUGGAAGUUCCUCCCUUCGCUCGUUACCUUGCACAGCGCUCAUGCGAAGCUUCAGAGCUGGGGCCAGGCCUUUGAGAAGCAGCGGGAGACCAAGAAGCCUCUGUUUGGAGGGCAGUCUCAGAAGGCCGUGCAGCCCCCACACCUUUUCCUCUGGCUGAUGAAACUCAAAACCAUGCUCUUGGCCAAGUUUAGCUUUUACUUCCACGAGGCGCUGAGCCGACAGACGACCGCUUCCGAAAUGAAAGCGCUGACCGCCAAGGCCAACCCGGACCUCUUUGGAAAGAUCUCCAGUUUCAUCAGGAAAUAUGACGCUGCCAACGUGUCCUUAAUUUUUGACAACCGGGGCUCUGAGAGCUUUCAGGGUCACGGCUACCACCACCCACAUUCCUACCGAGAGGCCCCUAAGGGAGUGGACCAGUACCCAGCUGUGGUGUCACUGCCCAGUGACAGGCCGGUCAUGCACUGGCCCAACGUUAUCAUGAUCAUGACAGACCGAGCGUCUGACCUCAACAGCUUGGAGAAAGUGGUCCACUUCUACGACGACAAAGUCCAGAGCACCUACUUCCUGACCCGCCCGGAACCCCACUUCACCAUCGUUGUCAUUUUCGAGUCAAAGAAAUCUGAGAGAGACUCCCAUUUUAUUUCCUUCCUCAACGAGCUCUCACUUGCCCUUAAGAACCCCAAAGUGUUUGCAAGUCUGAAGCCUGGAUCCAAAGGUUAGCAGGAGCUUGCCCAAGGAUUUCCAAGGCUGGAUACAUUGUUCUUAGCUGAGUAGUUUGUGAUUUGAAUUUAUGUUAGCUCAUGUGCUUUCAGAGCCGAGCUACAGACCUAAUCAUGUUGCAUAGUUCAUAAGCAAUUAAGACCAAGGAUGGAGUCUCCAAAGAGUAGGACAGGAGGACCGGGUGACACAGUCACCAUGGGACAGCGAAGGAGAAUCAACACAUUCUGAUUUCCCUGUAUUUCGUGUCGAUUGAGUAUUUAUUGAUCUUUCACUUAUCUUUCCAGAUUUUUGUCUUGUUUAUUUUUUGUUGUUACUAUUCUAACCAUCGUGCCAGAUGCACUUCCUAGAAUCCUCUCUCUCUCUCUCUGUCUCUGUCUCUCUGUCUCUCUGUCUCUCUCUCUCUCUCUCUGUGUGUGUGUGUGUCCCUGAGGAGCAGCAGGGAGAAGAUGGGAUCGUCUUCAGUUUCACAAACACUAGUCUUAACUAGUUUUACAAGAUAAUCUAAUUAGUAUUAUACUGUAAUUAGAAUCUUGGUCAGAACUUUCAAUCGGGAGGCGAUGUGGACGAUGACCGGUCGAUAUCGGUCCUCACAGCAGUUUACCCAGCCACAGGCCCUUUUCGGGUGACCUUCAGCUCCAUCGCAUCAGUCCCGACCUUUAAAGCUUGUUGCCGCCGGCUGGAUGUCACCUCUCUGCUGACCUGGCUUUGCAUCUGUCCCCACGCCCCAUUCCUUCUUCUCAGGUUUGGAAAGCAUGCAGCCAUCUGUUUGUAACCGUGUUUUAGUUUCUCACACAGCACAGUUUAUUUUUAUAAAAUCAAAAUGAUGGACUUAGUACUUUGUGCUCGCUACACAAACCGGUUCUGCCCUGUAGUCAGGUCGUUCUGUGAGCCCCAAACCGAGCCAGGUCGUCCUGUGAGCCCCACAGCACCUCUGGGCAGGCUUGCUUGCCUUCUGGAGAGUGUUUGGAAGCCAUGCCGACACAGGCUGCUCUGUCCACAGGGCAGUGGACGGAGAGGAACCUCCAAGAAGCACUGAGCUGACUGCUGGCUUCGCCCCGUGGAGCGCCUGUAAACAUGGCAGUCAGAUCAAUGCUCUCCUCAGCACUGUAUGGAGCCGCUGUCUGACGGGCUCCACAGAGCGCGCGGCUCAUGCAGGGCGGUGGGGCCUCCCCGUCCCGGGCCUCCUGGCCAGGUGUGCGCUACCAGUACAGGUGUCCACUGGCCAGUUAUCUGCAUCUCCCCACGUUCACGGAAACUUAUGCCAGUUGUCUUUAAACAGGGUAGUGAUUUACUCUGCAUUUUCUCCAGGUUCUAUACAAAUGGGAGCACAUUUUAUGAUAUUAACCUCACAUUAAAAAAUUGAAAACACUUGGAAUUAAAAACCAAACAAUUUUUCUUCUUUUUGUGUUUUGCUGAGAAACUGAAAAAUAAUAUUUGGUAUGUUUUUUUUUUGUCUCACUAAAACCACCAUUAGCCUUAAUGAUGUGGCUCCCCAGGUAUCUAAAAGAAUUAUAUAGGCUUUGGUAGACCAUGGAGGGAUAGAUAUAAAACACAUAUAAAUAUAUAUUACUUAAAAUGGUCAAAUAUAUAUACCUUUGAAUUGUAUAUUUAUUUUUAAACUUAUUUUGAAUAAUCUAAGAGAUAUUUACAAAGAACAGGAAGCAGAUGUGAAUAUUAAGAAAAUCGGCAACGUAAACCCCUAAGUCCCUUUGCACUGUCAGUAUUGGAGGACCUUCGAAGAUUAGUCCUGACUAAUCAUUUCUCCAGCUCCUCAAUAAAGUUUUAUAUAUAUAUAUAUUACAUAUACAUAUAUACUUUUUUUUCUGAUCAAGCAAAUCGUGAUGUGUACAUAUGAAUGUUUGUGUGGUUCUUCUCCGAGAGCCUCCUGAAACUGGAGGACUGGGUUGUGUCCCUCACAACAUGUUGUUACUUUUAGACUCAGGUGCAGGGCCUGGACAACCACACCAUAGCAUGGAGGCCAGGCAUCCUCCCUUGGGUACAGGAGAUGCCCAGCUGAGCUCCUCAGUUCCUGGACACAGGCUUCUUCGGUUUGGCGCGGCUCUCGUCCUGAGGGCUGGGCUCACUGCCUUUUCCUCGCAAUUUUUUCUUAGCCAAGGUUAUCUGCUUCUGCAGAGCCAGGCUUUUGGCUUCUUUGACAGCCGCCUCCUCUAGUUCUGCAUCUACAGCCCCUCCUCUUCCUCCCCAGGUAGGUCUGGCGUCUUGGAACAUUCCUGGCCACUGAGGAGCACAGGUCCCAAUCCAGAAUGCAGCUACAGAAUAAUUGGAGGUAGAAACUCCUGCAUAGGUCAUGGUGACCACAGGCAGGACACAUACAGGCCUUCAGGGAGACAGUGGUGACAUAGACACACAAAUAUAAGAUGCCCAUCUUUUGGCUCAAGUCAAGAAAAGAAAAGUGGUUUCUAUUGGGACUUGCUCCCUGGAUGCAAGGCUGAGACCUGCAGUGCCCGCUUUUCUGAUCGGAGUAGAAAUGUACACAUGUCCGGUGGACCGCCCGAUUUGACGUUUAUUUCUAAACCACAACCUGCUGAGUUUCAAGUAACUGGAAGUGUAGUCAACCCCCCUAAACACGUAUUUUUAGGAUGCUGCCUGGAUAGUGAAUGUGGCAUGAUGUUUGAUCAGGUUGUGAAUCCCUAGAUUGUGAACUGGAAAAAUCUUGUAGUGCAGCUCAGCCCUAGCACACACCGUUAGCCCAAGAGCCUUCAGUAAACUACAUAAAGUCAACGGUAGGUCAAGGGGCAGGGAAGCAACCGGUUGGCAGGGAGUGAGGGCAAGAAAACCCAGGAAAGAGAACGAGGGUCUUUGAGUCCAAGGGUGUUUAAGAGAGCUUGAGAAGGAGCUUUUGCCUCCUGGGAUGUUGGCCGAGUAGGAAGGUCAGCUGGGUGCUCUCUGCCUCCUGAGUCUUCAUUUGGUAAAUGGAAUGUUAGGGAUUUUUGGUUUUGUUUGUUUAAAAAACAAGUGGAUGAAUCCUUAACAGCUUUGCCCUCUGUGAGGCUCAGCUGGUAUCUAUGUCUUAUUCCAAGAAUGUGUUAAACUGAAGCUAGACUGUUAACUGAGUACGUUUCGAGAAGGAAAUGGGACUUCCCCGCCCUCCCUGAGGUGAUCUUUAACAUCCACCCGCCUUUAAAUCCCACAGGCAGCCUGGUGGGCCCAGUGCUUUGGCGGGUCAGCUUCUAAGCUCGGCAACUUUGUAAAGUGGGACCAAGCAAGCACGGAAUGCCUUUUUCAUGUCUUAGCGUGGGGUGGUGAGAAGGCCGUGUGUGUGUGUGUGUGUGUGUGUGUGUCUGUGUGUGUGUCUGUGUGUGUGUCUGUGUGUGUGUCUGUGUGUCUGUGUGUGUGUGGGGUCUGUGUAUGUGUCUGUGUAUAUGUGUGUCUGAGUGUGUGUGUGUGUGUCUGGGUCUGUGUGUGUGUGUGUCUGUGUGUGUGUGUUUGUGUGUCUGUGUGUGUGGGGGUCUGUGUAGGUGUCUGUGUAUAUGUGUGAGUGUGUGUGUGUGUGUGUGCAUCACUGUUGGAAAUGGACUGGGAAGUUGUACAAAGAAAAGGUGAGCCACACUUCUCCGACUUAAAUGUGAAUUCUCAUGUUCUCUUCUUUCUCUCAAGUCAGAGGAACCCCUGUGCUGUAUGGGCAGCUAGAUGUCCGAGGAUACACCCAGGAGUCAAAUCUCUAGUGGCUCUUUGUUCCUAGCAUUUAUGGUUAGCUGACAGUGUCCUUUCAGAUCUAUACCGCUGUUUUCAUUGGGCUGCCCUGCCAAUAAGAAAGAGGUGUUUGCGCCUUUCUUCCUACAGAGGUUGUACGGCAGAGGUUACAAGGUGUCGAUGUUCUAAAUACAUUAUUAGCCAGAAGAUAUAUCUACAGAGAGCUCAUCUUCCAUUACUAGAGUAUAGUCAGUUUGAUCUUUGACUGUUUUACCCUGCUGCUGGGGAUUAGACUCAAGACUUUAUGGUGCAGGGCAAAUGCUCCAGCUCAGUGCUAUGGCCCCAGCCCUGUUUUACCUUUAAAAACAAACAAACAAACAAACAAACAAACAAACAAACAAACAACAAGAACAAAAAAAGUUUCCUCCCAACCAGUGCUGGAGACUGAGCCUAACUUCCCAUGUGCUCGGAAGCUAAGUCACUGACACUGUAGCCCCUGUCCUAAAACAGCUUUAAAAACAGUUCUCAGCAUGUCUAAAGA